GAUAACGACGCCAUACAUGUAUAUGUAUAAUGAUAAGAGACAUGAAUGUUUCGUUAAUUGUUUAGUUAUAAAGGAAUAAGAAAUAUGAUUAAAAUUCUAACGUUGGUUAUUCUUGUUGAUGCAUAUAUUUAUACGUCCGAUGCAGCUCAAACAUUGCGAUUUGCAAAUUACUAUGGCAACCACAUGGUGCUUCAAAUGGCACCAAAGCGAGCACAUGUUUGGGGCUAUGCCACAACAAUUGGUGAUACAGUCAACGUUAUACUGAAUGGAAGCAAUGUAAUUAACGCCACCGUAACACAAGGAUCUGAAUCAACAGGCGUUUGGUCAGCACUUCUCCCGCCACAGCAUUCUGGAGGUCAUGUUACGUUGGAAAUUAAGUCACGUGACGGUUACGUUAAACUCGUCGAUGUGAUGUUCGGCGAUGUUUGGGUUUGCUCGGGUCAGAGUAACAUGGCUUUCCCUAUGAACCAUGUUUUAAACCAGAGUUAUGAGCUUGGACUUGCGUCACAUUUCCAUAAUAUACGUUUUAUGGCAGUAAAGACGUCAAGAUCUAACACAACGUUAUCCGAGCCCGCCAUAUUUAGCACGUGGCAGAUGCCAACUUCUUCAGAUGUUGGUACCCAGCAUUUCUCUGCGGUUUGUCUUCUAUAUGCAAUGAAUAUAGCGCCGCAUAUAAAUCGACCUAUCGGUUUGGUAGAGACCGCAUACGGUGGAACCAUGAUUGAGGCGUGGUCGUCACCAGAUGCUAUAAACAUUUGCGGGCUUCAUGCAAGAAAAGGAGCUGUUGUUAACCCUAUUGAGCUUUGGAAUGCAAUGCUGUUUCCGUUACUGAAGAUGACUAUUUACGGAGUUAUUUGGUAUCAAGGGGAGUCUAACUCCGGAUAUUAUGCAGAUUACAUGUGUCAGUUUCCCGCCAUGAUCAACGAUUGGAGGGAAAAGUUUCACGCAGCAUCUCAUCAACAAACAAGUAAAUUGUUUCCAUUCGGAUUUGUUCAGCUUGCAGCUUAUAAAAAUCAGACAUUGAGAGUGGCAAUGCCAGAUCUACGAUGGUCACAAACAGCUGGGUACGGCUAUGUACCGAAUCCAAUACUUCAAAAUGUCUUCAUGGCAGUGGCCAUGGAUCUUCCAGACUAUGCCUCGCCAUAUGGAAGUAUACACCCAAGAGACAAGAUGGACGUUGGGGAACGCCUUGCUUUAGCAGGUCGUGCUGUGGCCUAUGGUGAAUCGAAUAUUGACUUCCAGGGUCCUAUACCAUCCAAAUUUACUCUCAACUCAGACCAUACUCUUACUAUUGAGUUUGAUCAUGGCAAUAGCCCUAUUGAGGUCAGACAAAAUCGUGGUUUCAAGGUGUGUUGCUCUCACUCAUCCAAUGGAACCUGCAACAUUCGACAAUACCAGUAUACAAAUAUAACAUCACAUGAUCAAACAAGUGUUACCAUAGAUACGUCUGUUUGCCAUGGUAACAACAACCACGUGACAUCAGUUAAAUACGCCUGGGAAAUGAGUCCAUGUGAGUUUAAAAAGUGCGCCAUCUAUGGUCGUGAUAACGAUUUGCCUGCGUCAGGAUUUAGAUCCUCGUUGCCACGUGUAGUUAUAUGAUAAGAAGGCCUAACUGACUAUUAGAAUUCAUGUUAAACCAUAUAUAUUAAUAAAUUGUCCAAGGAUUUGUCUUAUUUUGAUAUGAUCAGACAAAGUAAUUUGAUAAAUAAAGGCCCGGCAACAUGCUAGUAUUCUCUUGUUUGCUUCAAUUGAAAAAUCGUAGUAACACGAUCCAACAACACGUUUCAGUACAUAUGAUUAUAAUACUUCCUGAAUAAUGUU